GCGAGGGGGAGGUAAAGAGCUGGAAGCUCCGGAUCCUUCAUGAGAAAAGAGGCAAGAGAGAGCGAGCCCAGGCUACACUUCUCAAAAGCGGUAUCUUCCUGUGUGAUCCGUGCCCGCGAGCCCGAGGAGGGGGCUGUGUCAGCGUCUGUAUGAUGUCCCGACAUGAAGGUGUCAGCUGUGAUGCAUGUUUAAAAGGAAACUUCAGAGGGCGCAGAUAUAAGUGUUUAAUUUGCUACGACUACGACCUGUGCGCAUCGUGCUACGAGAGUGGAGCCACCACCACCAGACACACAACAGAGCAUCCCAUGCAGUGUAUAUUAACGAGGGUAGAUUUUGACUUGUAUUAUGGCGGGGAAGCCUUCUCAGUAGAGCAGCCGCAGUCUUUUACUUGUCCUUAUUGUGGGAAAAUGGGUUAUACAGAGACGUCUCUACAGGAACAUGUCACUUCAGAACACGCAGAGACCUCCACAGAGGUGAUCUGUCCAAUAUGUGCAGCGUUACCUGGAGGGGACCCAAAUCAUGUGACAGAUGACUUUGCAGCUCACUUAACACUUGAACACAGAGCACCUAGAGAUUUAGAUGAAUCGAGUGGUGUUCGGCACGUGCGCAGGAUGUUCCACCCCGGCCGGGGCCUGGGGGGUCCCCGCGCUCGCCGCUCCAACAUGCACUUUACUAGCAGCUCCACUGGGGGGCUCUCCUCCUCACAGAGCUCCUCUUAUUCUCCAAGCAAUAGGGAAGCCAUGGAUCCCAUAGCAGAGCUGUUGUCGCAGCUGUCGGGCGUGCGGCGCUCCGCGGGGGGUCAGCUGAACUCCUCCGGCCCGUCUGCGUCGCAGCUCCAGCAGCUACAGAUGCAGCUGCAGCUGGAGCGCCAGCAGGCGCAGGCCGCCCGGCAGCAGCUGGAGACGGCACGCAACGCCACGCGCCGCAGCAACCCGGGCAACGUCAGCACCACCAUCACGCAGACCAGCACCAACACCAACUCCGCCCCUUCCGACAGCAACCCGCCCGCCUCCCACAGCUCCCAGUUCCUCCUCACGAGGUUGAACGAGCCGAAGAUGUCGGAGGCGGAGCGGCAGGGGCUGGAGGGUGAGCGAGCCGACCGCAGCCUGUUCGUGCAGGAGCUGCUGCUGUCCACACUAAUGCGCGAGGAGAGCUCCUCCUCCGACGAGGACGAACGGCGAGACUUCGCCGACUUUGGGGCCAUGGGAUGUGUAGAUAUCAUGCCUUUAGAUGUUGCUCUAGAGAACCUAAACCUAAAAGAGAGUAAUAGAGGGAAGGAGCCCCCCUCCCCUCCUCUUUGAUGACAUCACACCUCGCAGACAAUGUCCUCUGUGCUGUAACUGCCAAUAAGAGUGGACAACAGCUAUGUUUGGGUUUGUUUUUUGGUGAUUGUAAUUUCAGGUCUGUCACCCUUAAUACAUUGUGUACAUUCAUAAAAGAGACCGAGAGAGUGAGAAAAAUAAAUAUAUAUAUGAAUAUAUAAAAAUUGAUAAUCAAUUCCACGUAAUUCAUUUUUACUUUAGCAGGUAAACAUAGGUAGCAGUGGCAGAAGCUGCUCUGCUUCCUGCUUCAUGCAGAGGUUUCUCCUGAUAAAUACUCCACAUUCAAAACACAAGAGGAAACAACCCUUCUCUAAUGAAGCUGCUGUGUGUAUUUAUGAAUAUUAAUGAAUAAAAAGUGCUUGGAUGGUUUACCAUAACUACUGCAUGAGGUUAUUCACAGCUCGCAUGAGUUUUAAUGACUUUGUCAUUAAAAAGGAAAAAAAAAAACCCAAAGCUUUCUUUAACUAUUUUUAAGGGU